ACAUUUUGAGACACUGAGCAGUCAGUCUAGUUUCAGCCUGCGUGUAGAGUCUAAGUAACAUAAUAAACAUUUCUAAUUUCACAUUAAACAUGGCAAAGUUUGUGAUUGCACUCUUCGUCUUAGGUGUUUUGAGUUCCUAUUGCAAUGCAGUAACUCUAGAUAGGUGCGGAAUAGCAAGAGCUUUGAGAGCACAAGGAUUCCCUGAGGAUAAAAUGAGAGAUUGGGUAUGCUUAGUUGAAAACGAGAGUGCUGGCAACACAGGGAGAAAGAGCAGGCAGAACAAGAACGGCUCCUACGAUUACGGCCUGUUCCAGAUCAAUGACAAGUACUGGUGCAGCAACACCGGCACUCCUGGAAAAGAUUGCAACGUCACGUGUUCAGAUCUCCUUACUGAUGACAUCACCAAAGCUUCGCAGUGCGCCAAAAAAGUAUUCAAACGACACGGAUUCAGGGCAUGGUACGGUUGGCGUAACCACUGUCAAAACAAACCCCUCCCUGACAUCAGCAAAUGUUAAAGCAAAACUAUUAACUAUAUAUAAUAAUUGUAUACAUUGAUAUUGAUAUAAGGGAAACUUGCAUUUAAGAACACCAAACUUCAAUAAAGUAUAUUUUCAUUAAGUCAACAUGACAAUUUUCAUUA